AUGUAAUUAUGUUAAUUAGAAAAAACUCAUAAAAUAUCUAACAAUAAGACUUUUUGUUAUCAUAAGUAGACAAAGGAUACCUACAUAUUAACAAUACAACCUCCUAGCGAGUUUAAUCGUUUACUUUACCAUUUAAAUCAUCCAAAUUUAUUACUUGUAGAAGAGUAUUGGGAGGAAAGAGGAUAAAUUUGUUCUGUUUAAAAAUGCGAUACUAUCAAUGAUUUAUAAGAAGUAAUCAAUAAUACUCAUAAAAUUAGAUUAUGCAAAAUAAUAAGUUUUCUGAAAAUACAAUUCUAACAAUAUUAUACCAGAUCAUAUCGGCUAUGUUUUAUUUAGAAUAACAAUAAAUACCUAUAACAGUAUCAUUGAAUAAUGUUUUUCUGGAUGAAUAAUUAUAGGUGAAAGUAUAAUUAUAAUAUUUAUUAUAAGAUAGAUGUUUUAAAUAUAGUGAAUGCAUAGCUUUCAUUUGCAUCACCUGAAGUAUUAAGGAAAGAGAUUGAGUCUUCUGGUAUUUGGAGUGCAGGAUGCAUUGCAUAUUACUUAAUGAAAUUGGAGUUGCCUUUUUCAGGAGUGAAUGAAAGAUCGAUUGCAUAUAAUAUUAUAUAUAGAGAACCACCACCAAGUGAUUUUUAAGAGUUCCCUUUAGUAAGUUCUUUAUUGAAAGUUAUUUUCAUUAAGAAUUAGAAAAGAAGAGCUACUACAAAAUAGGUUUUAUAAUUUUUGGCUUCCAAAUCAGCAACAGUAUAAGAACCUAUUAAAUUAAUGAGAUCUCCAUAAUAAUCUUAAAUAGGCAAGAAUAAAUCUAGUAUGAUACUUAGUAAAAUUGAUAAAGUAGAAUAUUCAGAUAAAUAUAAUGACAGCAUGAAAAUGGAUGAUAAGUAAUCUCCAUUAGCUAAGGUUCUCACAUUAUAAGAAUUUGAAGAAUAAUUGUCUCGCAUGAAGGGAAGACCUUAAUCUUCUAUGAUAGAUGAAUCUAAUGAGAUUAUUAAUAAAAUUAAAAGAAUGAGACCUAAUUCUGCUAUAACUCUGACUGGAAAAGAGUUUGUUAGGAAGAAUAUAAAGGAAGAAAUUAAUUAAAGAAGAUAAGUUUAAAGUUCAAAACCAUUACUUGUUAAAAAGAAUACUGAGAAUUUCCAAAAACAUCAUAAAGAAGUUUCUAUAGAUUUAGAUGAUGCAAAUAAAUUAAAACAUAGUGAUACUAUAAGAGUAUACAAUCUAGAGUAUUAAGAUAAUAUUAUGCAUCCAACUAAACAUAAUAAGGUAUUUUUGAAAAUAUUGAAACCAAAAAUGGUUUCUGCUGCAGAAUAUCCUAAAGAAUAAAUUUAAGGAAUGUAAAUUUGGAAAACUAAAAUGAACUCAAUGUUAAUUUGA